AUGCCAGGUGAAGGACGCAGCCUCCGGUCGGGCAAAGACACAUCGUCAUCUACAAAUGGUGAAAAAGCACGCUCAAAUUCUCAAAGUUCAAGCUCAAAAGAUAAACCUGUACCAACGAGAGCCGCAGCCUCAAAGGGCAAGGCCGGGCCUGGGAGAAAGGGACCCAAGAAAGAGACUUCCAACGAUAAGCCACAACCAAACGGCCAGCCAAUAGAGAAUGGCGUAAAUGGUGUUGAAGAUGUUGAUAUGGCUGACGAUGGGCCUGGAAAGGAUGUAGCUGAAGAGAAAGAAGAAGAGAUGACCGUCGUCGUGCCUCCUCCGAAAAGUUCAAAGCUUGCCGGGGAGCCCGGAAAGGACUCAGAAGGCGACGUUGCCAUGGAUGUUACGGAGAAGGUGGAUGGUGAGGAUCAGAAGAAGGAACCAGUCGAUCCUAAAGUCAAGGCAGUAGCUGCUUACCUUUUCAAAAUAGAUAUCAAAGCCAAUUUCCAAUUACUUGAACGAGCAGUCGUCCAAUUUGACGCUCGCUUUACCUUGAGGGCUCUUCGAUCUAUAUCAUCAGUAAGAAAGCACCUCACGCCCGACGUCCUUGCUCAAGUCAUCACCGAAACGUACAAUGCCACGAAUCCUGUCGCUCAAACCCUGCUUGCUGCUCUCGGAAAAGAGGAUGCGCAUUUCCAGAGCUCUUCGGAGAUGGACAUUGACCUGCCUAGCAAAGAUAAAGCAGGAAAGUCGAAUACUUCACCAAAAGAUAUACUACCCGAAGUGGACACCUACCUCUCCAUCCUCGUGCAGAUCUACCUAUAUGACGAAAAGGCUAUCGAGUUUGGAGCUAAAUUCUCUAACAGCUUGAUUGAGAGAUUAAGAACCCUCAAUCGUCGUACCCUCGAUCCCCUCACUGCAAAGGUCUAUUUCUACUAUUCGAUAUUCUACGAGCAUCUAAAACCACUACCUCCCUCACCUAUGGCGCCUGUUGUGUCUAUACGCCCUCAUCUUCUAGCUGCCUUACGUACAUCUGUGUUACGUAAAGAUCAGGAUACGCAAGCCACUGUCACUACUUUGCUUCUCCGAAAUUACCUUUCAACGUCGCAUAUCACUCAAGCAGAUCUCUUGAUAUCGCACUCUCAGUUCUCACCUGCCGCUUCGAACAACCAAAUUGCGCGCUAUCUCUACUAUUUGGGAAGGAUACGUGCGAUACAACUCUCGUACACGGAAGCACACGAGCAUCUAAUAGGAGCUACACGAAAGUCUCCAGCAACACCAAGUGCACGUGGCUUCUAUCAGGCUGCUUCCAAACUUCUUGUGGUUGUAGAGCUGCUUAUGGGCGAUAUCCCCGAUCGGGCACUAUUCCGACAAGCCAAUUUAGAGCAAGCUAUGGAGCCCUAUUUGGAUCUUGUGCAGGCUGUACGCAUAGGGAAGAUGGAGGGCUUUCUCAACGUUGUCCAGACGCACAAUGCUGUAUUCAGACGGGACGGCACAUAUACGCUCAUUCUACGUCUUCGCCAGAACGUUAUCAAGACCGGUAUCCGUAUGAUGUCGCUUUCAUACGCUAAGAUCUCGCUAAGAGAUAUCUGCAUCAAACUUGAUCUCGAAAGUGAGCAGUCUGCCGAAUACAUCGUGGCCAAAGCGAUCCGAGAUGGAGUCAUCGAGGCGACCCUCGAUCAUGAGGGGGCCUUCAUGAAGAGCAAGGAGGCUGGAGAUGUCUAUUCUACGAGGGAGCCUGGCGAAGCCUUCCAUGAGCGUAUUCGUGCGUGCCUGGGCUUGCAUGAUGAGAGUGUAAAGGCAAUGAGGUUUCCCAUGAAUCAACAUCGACUUGAGCUCAAGAACGCGCAGGAAGCUCGGGAACGGGAGAGGGAGCUUGCCAAAGAGAUCGUAGAAGGUGAAAUGGACGACGACGAUGGUGCAGGGGGCGACUUCGAGGGAAUCUAG